GAUGGCAGCUGCUUGGAAGAGGAGCAACGAAGAGGUCGAUGUUCCAGUUCAUUUUGGGAUCCCAUUGCUCACUGAACAUCAUCUCCAUCAAUCACCCUUUCGGACUCUUUCUUUACAGCUCUUGAAUGUUUCAAUCACUCGAGUCAAUGGCUUUCUUCGGCAAGAGGCCUGCAAGCAUGCACGGCAACCAAACGAAACACGUGACUUUGCCUCGUUCGACAUGGCAGCCACCCUCCAUCGCCAAAUUUAGCCAAGCCUUACGAGCCCCCAUGCCCUGGCUUUUAGCGGCCCUCCUGUGCUCGACUCUCAUUGCACCAGUCGACGCCCUGGACGAUGACGCCAACGCGCUCGCGUCCGUUUCUGUGCACCACGGUGGAAAUUCUCGAGCUCCUAUUGGCCCAUUCCUCCAGCUCUGUUUCCUCAUUGGUGGUCUAGCGGUUACCUUCACAAGUAAUAUGCUGGGCCCCCUGAUGGGCAUAUCGAGCGUGUUAUGGCUAAUGAUGCGGAAUGACCCGGCGAUCGACCCCAGGUUGUCGUGGAUGAUUUUCGGAGCAUGGUUCUUCCUGGCGUUCACCUAUUUCCUCGUGCAGCGCCAUCGAGUGUACAACCAUCGCUUAUAUAUCUUCUUGAGCAUCAGCUUGGCGUGCACCUGCAUGUGUAUCAUUGCUCUACUCCAGCACUCCUCGUUACAAAGCGGCCUCGUUACGGUCAUUCCGCCUUGCACAUCCUUCGCCGCAUAUACGGUCGCAUACUUCUUCCCAGAUCGAUAUCAGGACAAGCAAGGCAUCGAGGUCGGAUCGGUGUAACGUGUAAGCGGAAGGGACAUGAUUAAUGUCGAGGUGAAACCGUUUCCGGAGGGCGAUAAGCGGGGAAUAUAAGCAUGAAAGGACGUUCGCCAAGCUUGAGAAGAGAUAUGACCAGGAGAUCGAUGAUUUGGGCCGUGUGUAGUUCGAGUUGGAAACGCGCCUAAAGGAGAUAGGCGAGCUACGCGUUCGCCGACGUGCCACGCCAUUCGAUCUCAUUCGUCUGCAGCCUCUGCACAAGUGCCUUCUCCUCAUUGCACAGCUUAGGCACAGCUACAUUUCCCUUGUGCUUGAUCUUCGCCAACGCCUCACUAU